CUGGUUUGAAUCACCCUCGCACCAGCGAAGCCCCAAUCGAAAAUUACUCCUAUACCCAAAACCAUUUCCCCUACACCCCUCGCUCCUCUCCAACGGUCACGAGGGCAUAACAGUAACUCCACCCCUCACAUCAAAACCACCACCGUAACCACCACCGGACCCAAACCCCCUUCUCGCUCUAAACCAGAUCCCCACAAACCCUAACCCUACCAAAUUCGCAUUCCUCUGAUCUCAUCGGAGCGAACAUGGGCGAUUUCAACCUCGCCCUCGUCAUCGUGGCGGUGGUGGUCUGCGUCAUCGUCUUCCUCGUCAAUGUUUACCUCCUCGUCAACUACCAGCACCCCGACGACGCCAACCAGGCCUACUUCCCCAAAUUCGUCGUCGUUUUCGGCCUCUCCGUCGCCGCAAUCUCCAUCCUCAUGCUCCCCGCUGACGUCGCGAAUCGCCAAGCGUGCCGCCACGCGAUCUACAACGGCGCGUGCAACUUCACGCUCCCCAUGAAGGACCUCUGGCUCGCCGUUUAUAUCCUCGACGCGGUUCUCGUCUUCUUUGUCAUCCCCUUCGCCAUGUUCUACUACGAGGGUGAUCUGGACAAGACUGUGGGGAAGAGGGUUAAGAGUGCGUUGUUGUGGAUGGUGACCACGGCGAUAGUGUGCGCCCUCGUUUUGGGCAUUUUAUAUGGGCUUGUUGGUAAGGUGGACUUCACUGUUAGGCAUCUCUCUUCAUCCACAACUUCAUUUCCUAGCACAUGGACAUACAAUAGUGGUGAACCAUGUAUUGGAAGUGGUGUCCAUCAGUGCUCAGCAUACUCCGCUAGUCCUUCAUCAGAGAAAACAUGGACCAUGCGUACUACCUUUCCAGAAUAUGUAGUUGCACUUGCUACCAUUGUUGGAUCUGUGCUUUUUGCUAUAUUUGGCGGUGUUGGUAUUGCGUGUCUUCCAUUAGGACUUAUAUUUUCAUUUAUUCGGCGUCCAAAGGCUGUUAUCACUCGCUCACAGUAUAUCAAGGAAGCCACUGAACUGGGUAAAAAAGCAAGAGAACUAAAGAAAGCAGCCGAGGCACUCCGUCAGGAAGAAAAAAGUGGUUCAAAGGGUAGAAAGUUUCGUAAAAAUGUGAAGGAAGUCGAGAAGGAGUUGUUUCAAUUGGAAGAAGACGUAAAGCUUCUUGAAGAGAUUUAUCCACAAGGGGAAAAGGCUGAAACAACAUGGGCACUAACAGUUCUUGGUUAUCUGGCAAAACUUGUUUUGGGAGUUUUAGGGUUGAUUGUUUCAGUGGCUUGGGUUGCUCAUAUUAUUAUCUACCUAUUAAUUGAUCCUCCACUUUCUUCUUUCCUGAAUGAAGUUUUCAUCAAGCUAGAUGAUGUCUGGGGUCUUCUUGGCACUGCUGCAUUUGCGUUUUUCUGCUUCUACCUUCUCCUUGCGGUUAUUGCUGGUGCCAUGAUGCUUGGACUGAGACUAGUUUUCAUUACUAUACAUCCCAUGAAGUGGGGAGCAACUCUCAUGAACUCUUUUCUCUUUAACGUGGGCCUUAUUCUUCUUUGUUCCAUUAGUGUGAUCCAGUUUUGCUCCACAGCCUUUGCCUACUAUGCUCAAGCAACUGCAGCCCAGGAAAUAUUUGGCCACACUUUGGAGUCUCUUCGAGGAAUUAAAUAUUUGUACAAGUACAAUGUCUUCCAAAUUGCAUUUGUUGUUUUGGCUGGAUUGACUUUUGUGUAUUACGCUGCCUUUGGAUGGAGAAGAAAAAAGCCUAGUGACAGGUUCCAAUUGUCUACAUAAGGUAUGGCUUAGCCUGGAGAAAGCACUUUCUGGAGUGAGUCAUGGGGGAUUCCUUGCAUCAUAUCAUUUAGAGUGGUUUUUAUAUUUGGAUGUGUUUUGGCCUAGUUGUUUUAUGUUGAAAGCAAUAGAGCAAGCUGGUCAUCAUCUGAGUAGAAUAAUUUGAUGCGAUCGAAUCAUUGGUUGGGUGCUAGUGCUACAACUUUGGCCUUUGCUUCUUCUGUAGCCGUUGUAUGUAUUAUUCCUUUGUUUGAUUGUGUAAUUCCACUCAUUAUGUAAUUAAACGUAUUAUUACGUGUAUGCAAAGAGUACUGGAUUCCUACAAUACUGAGGUAACGGGCGUAACGCAACCCUUGCCAGGGAGAAAUUGUACGAGCAGGGUAUUUUUCUUUUUCUUUUAUUGACCAUACAUGUUUUUGUACCUCAUUCUUUGUAUAAUAGUUCAGUGGGGCUUUCAUGUGUAUUACCGUUAUGAAGUUUUUAUUUUGCAUUUGAUGUUUAUUGAUUA